AUGGCUUCCAGGCGGAUGAGUGCGCAGAGCACGAUUGCGGACCUCAGGGUCCCGGACUACCCCAGCAACUGCCUCCAAUUCACGCAGCAGCUCACGGCAUCUACCACGCAAACUCUUCCACAGAAAGAUGCGUCUGUUCGUCUGAAUAUCAUUCUCGCUGGUGCUGGAUUGGGAGGCCUCGCAACAGCAAUUGCCCUCGCCCAAGCCGGCCACGCGGUAAAGAUCUACGAACAGACUCCCGUCCUCGGAGAAGUGGGCGCCGGUAUUCAAAUCCCAUCCAACUCAACACGCAUCCUGUUCAGCUUAGGGCUACAGUCGUACUUAGAGCCAUACGUAACGGCGCCUGAAUCGAUCUCGUUUCGGAGGUGGCAGAACGGCAAGGUCAUCGGCCUGACGAAGCUUAUCCCAAAUUUCGUCAACGAUUUCAAAGCUCCGUACUACGUGAUCCACCGGGCCGACUUCCAUUCAGCUCUAUGUCAAAAGGCUCUUGAUGUCGGCGUGGAAAUAGAACUGGGCGCGAAAGUUGUCGAUUAUGAUCCGAUUGUCGGCAGCAUCACGCUUGCCGACGGGACGAAGCACUCGGCAGACCUCAUUGUUGCGGCGGAUGGUAUAAAAUCUGUCGCUCGAAAUGUUGUCCUACAAGGGGAUGAGAUGUGUUUCCAGGGACCUGGUUUCGCUGCCUACCGUGCGGUCGUCGAUGUGGGUAAGAUGAGAACGGACCCUGACCUGUCAUGGAUUCUAGAAAAGCCUGCUCUGAAUAUAUGGAUUGGAGACUCCAGGCACGUCAUGACAUACACGAUCGGCGCUGGGAAGGCUUUCAAUAUGGUCCUAUCACAUCCGGAAAUGACCGACCCCGGUACUUGGAAACCGGAGACGGCACUCGAAGACAUGAAAGCGGAAUUUCAGGGCUGGGAUCCAAUACUCUCAAAAAUCAUCGGCAUGGUUGAGAAGACCGUCAAAUGGCCUUUGCUCACCGGGACGUUACUCAAAAACUGGACCGUUGGAAAGCUCGUUAUCCUCGGCGAUGCUGCCCAUGCUAUGGUACCAUACAUGUCGCAAGGCGCCGCAAUGGCAGUAGAAGACGGCAUAGCCCUAUCCCGCUCCUUGUCACACAUGACCUCCAAAGACCAGUUGCAGAAAGCUCUGAGUAUUUUCCAGGAAGUGCGAAAGAAACGCGCCGGCCAUAUGCAGGAGGCGAGCCUGCUGAACGGGAAAUUGUGGCAUUUCCCAGACGGAUCCUUGCAGCAAGCGAGAGACGAGGCGAUGGCGCCUGAAGUGCAAGGGAUCCCAUUCAGUCAUAGUCCAAACCAGUGGAGCGAUCCGGCGACGCAGAUGUGGUGCUAUGGGUAUGAUGCUGAGGAGGCGAUCGAUAUUGCUUGGAUGGAGAGUCUGGAGGCGCGGGUUGAUUGUGUUCAUUAG